AUGGCAUGGCACACGAAUUCAAGCGCUGGUUCAGAUUCACUGUGGCGACGGAGAGCGCACGUGUCUGAUGAGUCAUCGGGUUCAGGCGGGCUCCCUGUAGUGUCGUCCACACAGAGUGCGACUGCUCUCAAAGGGAAAGUUUUUCUGGGCUAUGCCGGCAAGUUGAGACCCCCCUGUAGCCACGGAAAGAUUGCUGGUGACCUGGCAGCAACCGGGAGAUACUCGUUCAAGGGACUGGAGGUUUCUGCUACAGAAUAUUACAUUGUGGAAAAACUGCGUGUGGACAACGUCCGAUCAGGAGGGGCUGAACCCUACGCUAGUCCCUCAGGGCUGCAGAGGGAGACGGGGGAGUGUGAGUCAUCCACAGAAAUGAGAGUGAAAGCCAGGCUUGAAGCAAGCAAGCUGGGCGACCGGGGCAGUGAGGGGCAACAGGGGUUGAAGGAAGCAACUUGGGGGAUCAGCGCACCGAGAGGCAGCGGCGGUGGCGAGAAGAAGAAGAAGAAGAAGAAGAAGAAGAAGAAGAAGACGAAGAAGAAGAAGAAGAAGAAGAAGAAGAAGAAGAAGAAGAAGAAGAAGAAGAAGAAGAAGAAGAAGAAGAAGAAGAAGAAGAAGAAGAAGAAGAAGAAGAAGAAGAAGAAGAAGAAGAAGAAGAAGAAGAAGAAGAAGAAGAAGAAGAAGAAGAAGAAGAAGAAGAAGAAGAAGAAGAAGAAGAAGAAGAAGAAGAAGAAGAAGAAGAAGAAGAAGAAGAAGAAGAAGAAGAAGAAGAAGAAGAAGAAGAAGAAGAAGAAGAAGAAGAAGAAGAAGAAGAAGAAGAAGAAGAAGAAGAAGAAGCUCGUAUCAUCUGCAUUCCCUCCCUCCCUUGUCGCCUUGCCAGGGGUUGAAGCAAGCAAGCUGAGCGAUCAGGCCAGCAAGGGGCAGCAAGAGGGAGGGGGGGAAGCACCAAAGGGGGAUGUCCCUAUGACCUCAGUUGAUGAUCUGGAAGACUUUCCAGACCUUGACCUUAAUGCUGAGGAUGGCAUAGGAGACCUUCCUGCGGAAGAGGAAGAAGCACUGGGAAACCAGGAGGAGAAUGGAGAGCAGGAAGGGCUUGAUGAUGUCGGCACAGAUGAUAACUUCCCAGAGGAGUUUGAAAAACUUCAAACCACGGUGACCGAACAAGCAUCUUCCUUCCUGCAGCAGAAACGCAGGCUAAGUGCUACGUGUAUCAGUCUUGAAUCGACUUGCACGACGCUGGAAGCUCAGUAUAGGGAGCUCAGGAGGGGACCAAUAUAUCGCCCCCCUCCUAACAAUGGGCGGCCUUCUACUUCUUUCGGAGCUCCAACAGAGCAGCAGAUGUCGCUUGACGCAUCCGCAUUUGGGUCGCUCCCCACUGCCUUGCCGAUUUUCAUUCAUGGCAAGACGAACGUGGAAUCUUGGCUUCAUCUUGUGGAGGAAAUGCUUUCCAUCCACAACGUGCGCUCUGACGCACGUGUUAUUGCUGCUACUGGUGCUCUCGAUGAGACUACACGUAACACAGUCUACAGCACUAUGAAGCUUGCUAAGGCAACGUCGGCCACUUUCGGAUGGUCCGAUUUUUGCUGCGCGAUGAAGGAUGCUUUUCAUGUGCAAAAGACUGACCUGGAAGUGCGCAGCCGCAUCAAGAGCAUGCAGUGUGGUAAUCGCACUGUUCUGGAGUACGCCAAUGAAUUCGAACGGACUAUGCUACUCCUAACUGUCGCUCUCACUGAGAACGAGGCAAUGUCGUCGUUCUACGAAGGCUUACCGCAGUGGCUUCGCGAGAGGCUGGUGCUGGGCAUGAACCAGUAUGCUACGUACAAGGAGCUCAAAACAGCAGUCAUUGAGCUUGACGUGAGCGUUUGUACGUGCCUCAAUGCCGCCAAGGGUCGCCUGGAGAACGGGGAUGAAGGCCCUAGUGGCCAGAACAAUGCGGCGCAACCUCCUAAUGGGAAGGGCCCUUGGAAGAAGAGGCCUUUCCAGCCGCAGAGCCAGCAUAAUGGCCCUCAGCCUAAGAAACCCUUUCACCAGGGCGGCCAGCAGAGGAACGGCACUCCUUUCUGCACCUACUGCAAGAAGAAGGGUCAUACGAGGGGACAGUACCGUACGCUGAAAAGGUAUGAGGAUCCUGGCAAGCCGCAGCAGGCGAACAAGAAGGGAGAUGGACCUUCAGGCUCGCGCCAGGAUUUUCACAAGUCCAACUAG